CUGUCCAGCACCAUUAUUUUUUUGAGUUUCCCUAAAGUCAAAGGAGAAAUAACAAAGAAAAAAAACCCCUCAUCUCUCCAACAGACUCAGACUCAGGCAGGCAGACCUCCACCGAGCCGAGCUCAGACGAGAUGGACCCGAUGGCGAGCAGCAACGUCACCAACAAGACGGACCCCCGCUCCCUCAACUCGCGUGUCUUCAUCGGCAACCUCAACACCCUGCUGGUCACCAAGGCCGACGUGGAGGCCAUCUUCUCCAAGUACGGCAAGGUGGUAGGCUGCUCCGUGCACAAGGGCUACGCCUUCGUCCAGUUCUCCAACGAGAGGAACGCGCGGGCCGCCGUGGCCGGGGAGGACGGGCGCAUGAUCGUGGGACAGGUGCUCGAUAUCAACCUUGCCAACGAGCCCAAACCUCACAGAUCGAAGACAGCCAAGCGAGCUGCAGGAGACAUGUACAGUCCAUCUAUUGAUCUGGAGUAUGACUUUCAAAGAGAUUACUAUGAUCGGAUGUACUCCUAUCAGGCCCGGGUACCUCCCCCCCCUCCUCCCCCUCUGUCCCGAGCCGUCGUCCCCUCGAAGCGCCCGCGGGUCAGUCUAAGCGGAGGGGGCAGCCGACGGACCAAAACCAGCUUCUCCUCCUCAAAGAACAGCCAGAGGACGUCCAGGAACGCAGUGAAGAGCGACGACCUGCAGGCCAUAAAGAGAGAGCUGACGCAGAUCAAACACAAGGUGGACUACCUGCUGGAGAGCCUGGAGCGCAUGGAGAAGGACCACGGCAAGAAGUCAGAGAUGAAGAGCUGCAAACCAGAACCCGGCGAGCUGUCCUCCCUCAACUCGUCUACCUCCAGCAAGAAAGACGACAGCCUGAAACGAGAAAGAGAGAGCCAGGACUCAGACGAGGAGGGAGAUCUGCUGGAGGACGAGGACGAGAUUGAGGUGUGCCGGUGGCCUAAGCGGUUGGUGUGCGCGCCCCACGUGCAGAGGCAGUGGUCCUCGAGGCGGGCGGCCCAGAUGAAAAGCAGAGGGCAGGAUGAGGACGACGAGGAGGAGGAGGAGGAGGAAGGAGAGGACGACGGGGACAGCGCCAACGGAGACGACUCCUAAACACUACACAGUCAGACCGACACACACACACACACACACACACACACGUAUACAAAACCAAGUGUGUGUGAUUACAUUUCUUUCACCUGACUCAAACGCAGUGGCUACACGCUCACAUGUGCUGAGCUGACUGGACAUUUGUGUCGAUCAUUGAAGAUAUCUAACACUGGAAACAUUUCACCAAUCUAUGACGUACGUUUUGAAAGGAUUUUCCUGUUUUUUUUCUUCAGUAUUCAUAAUUCAAUAUCCCCCUCCUUUUUUUAAAAAACUUUUUUUUUGUUGUUGUUGUAUUUGAUGUUUUGCUUGGAUAUUUUUGGCCUCUGGAGAAAUAUAAUGUCUUGUCUGUUACGAAAAGAUAAACCCCAAAUUGAGUGGAGAAUAAAGGUCACAUUUUAACACUAAAUCUAAAGAAGAAAAGAAGCUUCAUUGAAUAUUAGGAAAUUGAUGCCAUAAAUGUAAAUUUGCUAAAAGAUUAAGCUAAAAAAAAAUCCAUUCCUUUGACAGCAGAGCAGGCUUGAAAUUCUAUAAAAUAUGUUACUGCUGCACAUCUUCCUCCUCACCAGCAGGUGGCAGUGUAUCCCCACAACAGGCAAAACAAAACGCAGCAGUUACUUUCUUCUGUGGAUCACAGAAAAUCUUCAUCUUCUGCUUGUCAGAUAACAACAUGAGCAUGUAUAAAAAAAAACUCACGUCGGACUGCACAGACGCUCAGAGAGAAGCCUCAUUGCUAUGGAAACGGCUGUUUGUCCCUGAGGUGUUACGACCUUUAACUGACCUUGACUUGUGUAAUGCAGUGCUACUCCAUGUUUGUCUGUUUCUGUUGAUGUUUUGUUUGACUGCACUGGUUUAAAGUGAAUAAAGAUGUUUUCUAAGUUG